AUGAUAAACCCAACCCCAACCCCAGCAUACACCCAACUAACCGCCUUCUUCAACUCCAACCCGGGCACAAGACUGCACAUCGAAUUCCAUCCAACCCAACCCGCUCUUCCACCCACAAUACUGACCUCAGGCACAAACAUCGCCAUCCCAAAGCCCCUGCUUUUAGAGGCCUUCCGGACCGCGCACCCAACCUUCUUUUCCCCGGGAACUACGGAUCAAGGCAUUCUAGAUUCGACUUUGGUGUUACUGCUUGUCGCGGCGGAGAACCUCACUGCGGUCAACGCCCGCAGGAGGAUCAUCCUGGGCAAAGGAGCUAAUAACGGUCGGGAUGAAAUCAAACUGAUAGAGAGCUUCUUGACGUCCCCGCUGAACAAGCAUAACAAGAGUCCGUUGCUAUGGAAUUACAGACGGUGGCUAACCGAGAGGUUCGGGGUUCUGGAAGAGGGGAUAGAAGCGGAAUUGACGGUUGUGGAAGCUAGUGGGGAGGUGCAUCCUAGGAACUACUACGUAUAACCCACUCCCUCCCUCCCGUUCUAUUGCUACGACUGAACGAUGGGGAAGGCCUGGAACCACGCCCGCUUUGCUACAACGUUCUUCCUCCCACGUUCCCCAUCCGGCCCGCAACUCCCAUACGUCCUCGAGCGCACAGCGAACUUUGCCCUCUCGCACGUGUCGGACACGAGCGUGUGGUCGUUCCUGCAGUUCUUGUUCUUUCAAACAUUAGAGCACCCGGAUCCCCACUCGUUCCGCGCCCAACUGGCAGACAUUGUAGGGAAGAGUAUGCAGUUUGCGCACGGGAUUGCACGGGGUCACGAGAGCGUUUGGGCGUUUGUCCGGACGGUGCUCGGGAGUGAG